UUCCUUUCUUUUUAACUGUGCGCCAAAAUACUCUAAACCUCCUCUUCCGCUUCUCUGCUUAAUCACUCUUCCCAUUCUGGUUAUGAUCUCCGCCGUUCACCGCAAAACUGAGAGCCUCCUCUCGGCGCAGUCUAUCGGAUUCCUUCGCCUCCGCUUCUUCCGUAAUCGCCGCCUCAGGUGACCGCUCGGUUAGUGUGUUUUUAAUUUGUAUAUAUAUAUAUUGGUUUCCGACGAUGCCGAGUUCGAAGACUCAUCGAAGAGGGGGAUCGGAGGAGAAGAAUAGGAAGGGAAGGAUAGUUGAGAAGGCGAAGUCGUUUCACGGCCACGGCGUGGAGAACACGGCGGAGUUGCUAGGGAGGCCGCGGACGGUGCCGGACUUGAUCUCCGCCCAGCGAAGUUCCACGGAAAUGAGGUUUCCGUCGAAGCUCACCAAGUUACUGAUCAACGUGAGGAUACAGAGAUGCCUUGGCGCCGUGCAGGUGUUGAUGUCGUCGGAAUCAACGGUGGAGGACCUCAUCGCCGCCGCUCUCCGCCAGUACGUAAAGGAAGGACGGCGGUCGGCGCUCCCCUCCACUGAUCCCGCAGAUUUCGGACUCCAUUAUUCGCAGUUUAGUUUAGAAGGUUUGGACAGGGCGGACAGUGUGAUGACGCUCGGAUCAAGAAACUUCUUCCUCUGCAUGAAAAACUCCUCGGCCGGCACACAAGGUGGCGGCGAAACGCCGUCAUGCGGCGCUACUCCGGGCUGCUCAUCGGAAGUUGAUCGAGUUACAAAAAUUGGCUUGCCUUGGAUCAAGUUCAUGGACAUCUUAUUGUGACAAAUUUCUGCUCCUUCCUAGCUAGUAUUACAAUUCUUUUAUUAUCUUCUUUUGCUCCACAACUCAAUAAACAUAUCAUAUCGCAAUUUCGAUCAAACGUAUACGUAACUGUUAGUGUCACGUUUUGAACGCAAGUCAACAACAAGACACUUAUACAGUUAUACAUACCUUGAUAUGGUAUAAUGCUUUAAUACCAUAUCUGCAGUUUGUACAGCAUUAUACUAGGUUCAUAUAUUAUGAAUUUUCUUGUAAUUAGUAAUAUGGUAGACCAGAAACUCAAUGUAAAAAUAUCAGCUUUAAUUCUGGUUUAUAUAUAUAGACAUAUAGUUCACCGUA